AUGACUCAUAUCCUUUUUCUUCUUCUCAUGGAGAAAGAUCGCGAAAGAGCUCAGUCUCGCGGCGGCAAGGGCGCCAAGGGCAAAGAUGAUGGCUUGACCCCUGAACAGCGCCGCGAGAGGGACGCCAAGGCGCUGCAGGAGAAGACGGCCAAGAAAGCGGCGCAGGCCGCCGGAGGGGAAUCUUCCGGAGGUAAAGGGAACGCUAAGAAAUAA